AUGGAAAGUAGACAACAAUGGCUUACCAGGCUGAAAAAUGAACUAAGCAACAGUCCUCUGGUAUCAAAUGUGGCGUUUGGCUUUAUCCUCAUGGGACUAGAGAAGCUGGUGGAGCUGGAGUUUGAGUGUCCUUGCAACCCCACAUGGAACGGAGUGUUUUCAUCAGCCUUCUUCAUCAUCCCUGCCGUCAUGGCUUUCACUUUGAUGCUGAUCAUUCAAGGAUGCAGAUGUGACGCGUGGUGCAGUAAAACUGUUUCCCUCUCCAGUUUUGUUCCUGCCAUCGUGUGGCUGAUCUUAUUGUUUCUAGAUGGCCAAUACUUUGCUUGUGCCAUGACAGACUGGGAAGGCAGAUUUGUAAUAGUUGACAAGGCGGCUCCGCAGAAGUGGUGCGAGCCAGUUAGUGAGGGAGAUGCCCUUCAAGAACUCAUGCUUCGCUCGCAGCAGCUCUUUGUCUUUUCUCAGGUAAGUCCAUUUACUUUACAGUUUGGACCAAGGAGGAUUCAUCCAAAUUUGAUGCCAUGACCUAUUGUCAACUACGAAUCAAGCACUUUUGAAUCAAACACAGACAUUUUCUGUGAAUAUUUCCUUAACGAAGUGUUGCUUUACUCUUUUGCACCCAGGUCAUAGGCAUAAUCCUCCUCAUUUUCAUCUGUAUGGGUCUCGUAGUGUAUGUAAUCAGAGAAAGCUGCCGACAAGAGUUGGAGAUGGAGGAUUCAGACGUAGCUGAGCUCACAGUGGUCAGGAUGAGCUCUUUACGGAACAGGACAUCAUGAGAGGACUCACACACCCCCACCACUCCUGCUCUUUGUAAAUACUCUGAACAGACUUCUCUAUUGGUGCCG